UUUAAUCAUACAACCUACCUUGAUAAAACAUUCUCAUCAAGAUAUUUAACAAAAGCACAUAUCCUAACCGUUAACCGCUAAUUCCCAAGACAACAAUAACAAUUAAAAAACGCAUUGAACUUUCACACGAAAUGCACUAGACUAGCCUACUAAACUAAUCUAGGUCCCAAAAAGUAUAUGACCUACUUAGUAAACCAAAAGUCCGCAUCCCAAGUUCACGACCUUUACAAUGACCGCACAAGGCUUUCGUUAUGAAACCUGGACUUUUACUUCCAGACUGAGAAAGUCCAUUUUGGUGGCUGCCACACUUGCUCGAGGCUAUAUAGGAUCGUGCGCGAUGCGGGCGCGCAGAUGUAGCUUACAUUCACGAUGAGACGGUCGACUGUCUUGCUCUUAUUCGCGGUCGCGCACGCGCUCCCAGCCCAAGACUCGGGCCACACGGACAACGACAUCGACGGCCUGACCGACUGCCUCAGGAAGGAAUCCACAACAUGCCUCAAGUACAAAUUCUUCUCGUUCGUCGACAAGAUGAUCGGACAGAAGGAGUCCUUCUCCCUCAGCGAUGGAGUCACCGUCGUCAAGUCAGCUGACGUCCCCACAGACACAGGAGCACCGAGAGCUCUAGAUCCUGUUUCACGGUUGAAGAGUUACUUCGAGACGCAUUCCUUGAGAGUUGAAGUGAAAGGUUCCGAUGUGAUUGACGCGGUGUCAAGUGCAGGACGCGCGCUCGAAGAUACUGUGUCAUCGUUCACUGAGGACAAUGAAGUCAGUGAGGGCAGAGGGAAGAAGAAGAAGGCGGCCAAGAUCCUCGGACCGCUGAUAGCCGCGGUGGCUCUCAAGAUGAUGGCGUUGAUGCCGUUGGCUAUUGGCGCCAUAGCGCUGAUUGCAGGAAAGGCGUUGCUGAUCGGAAAGCUCGCGUUGGUGUUGUCAGCGAUCAUUGGACUGAAGAAGUUGCUGUCGCAGCAGAAGCACGUGACGUAUGAGGUGAUUGCUCACCCACAUCACACAUCGAGCCAUGACUACAGUGCGGGCACGAGUGGGUACGGGGGUGACUCCGGAGGCUCGUCGUACAGCAGCAGCGGCAGCGGGGGCGGGCACGGCGGCGGCGGCUGGGGCCGCUCGCUCGAGGCUCAGAACUUGGCGUACUCCGCGCAGAAACCUUAGCGACCCGGUUCCAUGGCCCCUUUUCAACUGAUUUCUCCGAUCUUCAAUGUAUUUAAGUAUUAUUUAUCUUGUAUGGAUGUGUGCGUGCCAGUUAUUUAUUGAAUGAUUUAUUUAAUAAUUUAUUAACGUCUUGUCAUGACUUGCGUUAUUAUUCGAUAAAUGACGUUUAUGCCGUUUCGUUGUUUAAGUUACUUCAGUCAUAUUUUUGUUUUUCGUUAUAUUUUCUUCUUUAUUUAUGUGUAUAUACGU